GGCUGGGAAGCGGAACGAGAGGACGCGGCUGCCGAUGUGAUGCCAGAGUCGAACUGCAAGACAAAGGUCCGAGGGUAGGAAAAGCCUCCAGAUUGUGGUGCAGUCCGGUCCGACGCAUCCGGCCAUCCCGCCAUGUUCCGCAACAGCUUGAAGAUGCUGCUGUCGGGGGGCAAGGCCAACCGCAAGAGUCGCAGCAGCGAUGGCGGGAGCGAGGAGCUGGCAGACCCCCGCUCGCCCGGUCUAGACCCUCACCUGAGCCACUUUGGCCAAGGUGGAAGCUUAGACGGCGACUGCGUCUUCGAGGUGGACUACUACGCUGCCUUGCCGCCGCCGCCACCACCACCACCGCUCUCCAUGGCCGAGGGCGUCCAGCACAUUCGCAUCAUGGAGGGCGUGUCGCGCUCGCUGCCCUCGUCGCCGCUGCUCGGCCACCAGGGCCUCGGCGCCCGGCUGCAGGCCGUCAAGAAGCUCACAGCCCCUCUGCGGAAAGCAAAGUUUGUGGAGAGCCCUCGCGUUCCGCAAUCGGAGCUCGGCUCCCCCGACCCUGCUGGGAAUUCCCACCUGGACAGAUUGUGCCCAGGGGAGUCGAGCCAGGAACUGGGCCCCCCUCCCACGGUGGAUGAGGCCGCCAACACAUUGAUGACGCGCCUGGGCUUCCUUCUCGGAGACAAAGCGAGCGAGGGGCCAGCCGGUCCCCACUACAGCAUGGAGGAGCCCGAGGCCAGACAGGGCCAAAACCAGCGCAUCAGCCCAUGCUCCACGCUGACCAGCAGCACUGCGUCGCCCCCCGCGGGCAGCCCCUGCUCUACUCUGCCCGCCACCAUGCCGGGCCAGGCGGGCAGCAGGGAGUGCGCCUACGGCUCCGUCACCAGUCCCACCUCCACACUGGAGAGCCGGGACAGCGGAAUCAUUGCCACUCUGACCAGCUACUCUGAGAACAUGGACCGCGGCGGCAGCAAGCAUGGCGGCGGCGGCAUGGAGGGUUCGCGUGGCAACCUGAAGCUGUGGCAGUCACAGAAAUCAGGCAUGGACUCCUUCUUGUACCGCGUGGACGAGAACAUGACGGCGUCCACGUACAGCCUCAACAAGAUCCCCGAGCGCAGCCUGGAAAGCAUGUCCUCACACUCGGCCCACUCCAUACCCCUGUACCUCAUGCCCCGCCCCAACUCAGUGGCUGCCACAAGCUCGGCCCACCUGGAGGACCUGGCCUACCUGGACGAGCAGAGGCACACGCCCUUGCGCACCUCGCUGCGUACGCCCAGACAGAGCACCACCUGUGGGCCGGGCCGCUCGGGCCAGGACCUGAGAGCUUCCGCUAACAACUCCCAUGCCUGGCAGUCACAAUCACCAGUACGUUUUGCGCCAUACCGACCCCAGGACAUCGCCCUGAAACCGCUGCUCUUCGAGGUGCCGUCCAUCACGGUGGACUCUGUGUUCACGGGCCGCGAGUGGCUCUUCCAGGAGAUCGACGGCCACCUCAACCGCCCCGGCAGCAGCCGCGGCGUGGUGGUCGUCGGCAACAUCGGCUUCGGCAAGACCGCCAUCGUUUCCCGCCUGGUGGCGCUCAGCUGCCACGGCACACGCAUGCGUCAGAUCGCCUCUGACAGCCCGCAAGCCUCACCCAGACAUGGUGAGGGGCUCCCGCUCAGCCAGACCCAACCCACGCACGGCACGCUGGGGGGUGGCAGCUGUCCAGGCACCCCUGAGAUGCGGCGGCGUCAGGAAGAGUCCAUGAGGAGACUCGCCUCGCAGGUGGUGGCCUACCAUUACUGCCAGGCAGACAACGCCUACACCUGCCUGGUGCCCGAGUUUGUGCACAACGUGGCGGCACUGCUGUGUCGCUCUCCUCACCUGGCGGCCUACAGGGAGCAGAUGCUGCGCGAGCCGCACCUGCAGAGCGUGUUGAGCCUGCGCUCCUGCGUCCAAGACCCGCUGGCGUCCUUCAGGAGGGGCGUGCUCGAGCCCUUGGACGCUCUCUACAAAGAGAGGAAGAUCAACUCUGAGGAGGACCUGAUCAUCCUCAUCGACGGGUUGAACGAAGCCGAGUUCCACAAGCCCGAUUACGGCGACACCAUCGUCUCCUUCCUCUGCAAGACCAUCCACAAGUUCCCCCCCUGGCUCAAGCUGGUGGUCACGGCCCGGACCACCUUGCAGGAAAUCACCAACCCGCUGCCGUUCCACCGCAUCUCGCUGGACGGCCUGGAGGAGAACGACGCCAUCGAUCAGGACCUGCACGGCUACAUCCUGCACCGCAUCCACAGCAGCCCGGAGAUCCAGAACAACAUCUCGCUCAACGGCAAGAUGGACAACACCACCUUCGGCAAGCUUAGCGGACACCUGAAGGCCCUCAGCCAGGGCUCCUACCUAUACCUCAAGCUCACCUUUGACCUUAUCGAGAAGGGCUACCUGGUCCUGAAGAGCUCAAGCUACAAGGUGGUUCCAGUCAACCUGGCCGAGGUGUACCUGCUGCAGUGCAACAUGCGCUUCCCCACGCAGUCGUCGUUCGAGCGGGCGCUGCCUCUGCUCAACGUGGCCGUGGCCUCGCUGCACCCGCUCACCGACGAGCAAAUCUACCAGGCCAUCAACGCCGGCUCCCUGCAGGGUACGCUGGAUUGGGAGGACUUCCAGCAGCGUGUAGAUAACCUGUCCGUCUUCCUGGUGAAGAGGCGGGACGGCACCCGCAUGUUUGUCCACCCGUCCUUCCGGGAGUGGUUGAUAUGGCGGGAGGAAGGCGAGAAGACAAAGUUUCUGUGCGAUCCCAGGAGCGGCCACACCCUGCUGGCGUUCUGGUUCUCGCGGCAGGAGAACAAGCUGAACCGGCAGCAGACCAUCGAGCUGGGCCACCACAUCCUUAAAGCACAUAUUUUCAAGGGUCUCAGCAAGAAAGUGGGGGUGUCCUCAUCCAUCUUGCAAGGCCUAUGGGUGUCCUACAGCACGGAGGGUCUGUCGGCUGCUCUCUCGUCACUGAGGAACCUCUACACACCCAACAUUAAGGUGAGUCGUUUGUUGAUGCUAGGCGGGGCCAACGUCAACUACCGCACGGAGGUGCUCAACAACGCCCCCGUGCUUUGCGUCCAUGCCCACCUGGGGUACAUGGACAUGGUGGCCCUGCUGCUGGAGUUUGGCGCCUAUGCCGACGCCCCCUCCGAAAACGGCCUGACGCCUCUUGGCUACGCUGCUGCCGGGGGUCACAUGGCUGCCGUGACGGCACUGUGUCGCAAGAGAGCCAAGGUGGACCACCUGGACAGGAACGGUCAGUGCGCGCUGGUGCACGCAGCCCUCCGGGGCCACAUGGAGGUGGUGAAGUUCCUCAUCCAGUGCGACUGGAGUGGGGGGUCGGCGCAGCACUCGCCGCAGACCCAGCAGCAGGCCACCUUUACCAAGAGCCACGCCGUCCAGCAGGCCCUGGUCGCCGCGGCCAGUAUGGGCUACACGGAGGUCGUGUCCUAUUUGCUGGACCUGCCCGAGAAAGACGAAGAGGAGGUGGAGCGAGCGCAGAUCAACAACUUUGACUCGCUGUGGGGCGAGACAGCUCUGACGGCAGCCUCCGGUCGGGGGAAGCUGGAGGUGUGCCGCCUGCUGCUGGAGCAGGGCGCCGCCGUGGCCCAGUCCAACCGGCGAGGCAUCGUGCCGCUGUUCAGCGCCGUCCGACAGGGUCACUGGCAGAUAGUGGACCUUCUCCUGACGCACGGCGCAGACGUCAACCUGGCGGACAAACAGGGCCGCUCGCCGCUCAUGAUGGCCGCCUCGGAGGGACACCUGGGAACGGUUGAGUUUCUGCUCUCGCAAGGAGCCUCCCUGUCUCUGACAGACAAAGAGGGUCUGACGGCGCUCAGCUGGGGCUGCCUGAAGGGUCACCUGACGGUGGUCCGAUGCCUGGUGGAGAGCGGCGCUGCCACCGACCACGCCGACAAGAACGGUCGCACACCGCUCGACCUCGCCGCCUUCUACGGCGACUCUGACGUGGUCCAGUUCUUGGUGGACCACGGCGCCAUGAUCGAGCACGUGGACUACAGCGGCAUGCGUCCUCUGGACCGGGCCGUGGGUUGCAGGAACACGUCGGUGGUGGUGGCCCUGCUCAAGAAAGGCGCCAAGAUAGGUCCGGCCACGUGGGCCAUGGCCACCUCCAAACCCGACAUCAUGAUCAUCCUGCUCAGCAAGCUCAUCGAGGAGGGUGACUGCUUUUACAAGAAGGGGAAGGUGAAGGAGGCGGCACAGCGCUACCAGUAUGCCCUCAAAAAGUUCCCACGGGAAGGCUUCAGCGAGGACCUCAAGACGUUCAGGGAGCUCAAGGUUGCGCUCUUCCUCAACCAAUCCCGAUGUCGGAGAAAAAUGAACGACUUUGGGAUGGCUGAAGAAUUUGCUACCAAGGCCCUUGAACUGAAACCCAAAUCCUACGAGGCCUACUACGCCAGGGCCCGGGCCAAGCGUAGCAGCAGGCAGUUUCCUGAAGCCUUGGAGGACCUGAAUGAAGCCUUGAAGCAGUGCCCCAACAACCGAGAGAUCCAGCGGCUGCUGCAGCGUGUGGAGGAGGAGUGUCACCAGCUGAGCCAAGGGGAGCUCCAGCCUCCAGACCUGGAGUUGGAGCCUCCUCCUUCCCCACCUCCCACGCCUCCCCCCGAGGAUGAAGAGUGCCUGUCCCUCUCCAUGCCUCUCCCGCCUCCCCCGGAGCCCCGUCUGGAGGACAUGGAGCCCGUUCAGGAUCUCUUUGAGGACGAGGACUACCUAGAGCAGGAACUGGAGGCCAUGUCCAUGGUUCUGCCCCCACCGGAGUCCCUCAGCAAUCCCUCCAGUCUCCCCAUCAUUCAGAGCCCCCCACUGUCGCCCACACACGCAGACCAGAUCUACCUAGCUGGAGGUUCUCCAAUGGGGCAGCCUUACGAGUACCACCCUACCUCCUCCUCCAUGUCCUCCCCGACCCGCGGGUCUUACCAGACCACGCCGCCCUCCAUCUCGCCCACACAUCAUAAUUCCCACUAUCGACACAGCCCCCCGCACACCUCCCCAGUGCACCAGCCGUCCUACCGCUUUAGCCCGCCACCAAUGGGGAGUGGCGGGCAGGCGAUGGACCGGCAGAGCCCGCCGCCCUCCCCUCUGCGCCGGGCUGCCCAGUACAGAGCUAGUCCACCGGUGGAGAGCGUUUGUCUUUACAGAUCCCAGUCGGGCUCACCUGUGCGCUACCAGACGGAGCAGCACCCUGGCCGACCCAAAUCCCCCCUGUCUAAGAUGAGCAGCCAGCGCUCCUUCCAGCUUAGCUCACAGCCCUCGCUGUCGUCCCAGCAUCACCAAGCCCAAGGCCUUCGUCUGCAGCCCUCCAUCGCCCAAAUCGUGCGCACAAACCAGCCCAGUAGCGUGAUGGGCAACAGCGGCUACGGGGGACAGAUGGGCCACUCCAUGGGUAGCCGUUACCCGGGCGGCUCGGUGGACGUGGACAGCCGACUGGUGUACCAGCCCUCGCUGGACGGGCGCUCUAUGUCGCAGGUGCAAGCCAGCCUCAGCUCUGGCGCCCUCUGUCAGCACGGCGGCCGAGGAGGGGUCAUGGAGUCUGUCCUGUUGAAGGACGAGCUACCCCAACGCCCCUCCUCUGCCUACCGCGCCAGCAGCGGGGGUCCGGCGGGCAUCCGUUACAGUCAGACGCCUCAGAUCAGUCGCAGCCAGUCCGCCGCCUACUACCCCGUCUCUGAGCACGUGCUGGAGCUUGCCAAUGCCAUGCCGCCUUGCCAGCUGGGCUCCCCUGAGGUCCCGCAUAUGGUGAGACGCCCCGUCAGUGCCAACACCACCGAGAUAAAGCCACACGUGCCCACCCCCAGGCCCCUCAUCCACUCACAGAGCGUAGGCCUUCGUUUCUCCCCCUCCAGUAACAACAUCUCCACUGGCUCCACCUCAAAUCUGACGCCAGGCUUCAGGCCAUCCUCCUCCAUCCAGCAGAUGGAGAUUCCCUUGCAGGCCACCUACGAGCAUUCCUGCGAUGAAAUGUCACCAAUCUCUCCCUCGCAGGGCGGCGGGGUUCUGUAUCAGGGCGAGCCCACCCGAUCACGGAACACCCCCUUUAUGGGCGUCAUAGACAAGACGGCGCGGACUCAGCAGUACCUGCACCAGACCUCUCGGUCCCGCGCCAUGACGUCCAUGGACUCGGCCAUCAGCCCCACAUCGCCCGGCCAACUGGUCCAGCAGGGGUCUACUUAUAGCCCGCCCACCUCGCUGGGAAACAUUGCCUAUUACAACAAGACCAACAAUGCACAGAACGGACACCUAUUGGAGGAGGACUACUACCCCCAGACACCUCCUCCCUCGCUGGGCAAGCUGGCCAAUGGCUCGCGUGGCACUGGGGAUAUCCUGGAGCGGGUCAGCCAGGUGCCCACCUACCCGGACGUGAAGGUGGCCAGGACUCUGCCUGUGGCGCAGGCCUACCAGGACAACAUGUACCGCCAGCUCUCCCGAGAAUCCCGCACGCAAGGGCCCUCUUCACCCAUCAAACCAAAGAGACCGUUUGUGGAAUCCAACGUGUGACGGCUCGGACUGUGACGAGCAAAAACUCGGAUGGACUCGACUUGAAAGAAUUCCUGCAAGGGGGGGUACACACACUCUUAAGGGUCUUGGACUUCAACAUGACUGAGUAAUACACCAUGACUUCACCAUCCUCUAACGCCCACGGGCUCGAUUCCAAGUUCUGCACAAUGACCAGUGCACUUUUCCAAAAACUGCACAGUGACAUGGACAACUCCUUUGGACUCGUGGACUCUUAUCUUGCGUGCUCUUAACCAUGGUCGCUACUAGGCUCUAUUCAAUGUAAUACAAUACUAUAUGUUUAAUAAUGUACAUUGCUCGGCAGAAUACAAAACGACUCAACAACUUCAAUACUAAUAGAGAACAAAUGACCAUAUUUAUAAUUAAAUUAUGUAUUGUACAUAGAAGUCAGAGGAAGCAUCGUUUGAAUCGUAUACCGUUCAUGCUGCCUUGGUGUCCCCGCUGCUGGUCCAAGAAGGGACAGACUUGCUAAAACUCUUCACAGAAGCUCGCAUGUGGAGCAUCAUUUCCCGGAACAUGGUUCAUUGAUUAGCUCUUUGCCGACGGAUUUACACAUUCUACACAGAGCGGGAAGUGCGGGAAUGUGCCAUAAAAAAACAACCUGCCCAAGCCGGUUGUUCGCCUUUUAAGCACUUUUCAAGCUCCACUUUUAAACGUCAUUUAAAUUAGGCCCUGGGGACCGGAUGACGUACGUUUGCCCAGGCAGAGGCUCACAGAAGACUUAUGGAUGAAAAACAAGCAAAUGCACUCUAGCCCCGCCUUCCUUCCGGUUUCUUUGCAUUUCCAACGCAAAUGCUUAAAAGGUGCACUUUAUAUUUUUCCGUUUCUUUCUCAUUCUAUUUGUCGCAUCAGAGCAGCCAUGUCAGACUAUCACAGAUGAUAUUUAAGAUGAUCUUUUUAAGACUUACAAAGAUGUAAUGUCUUUCUAGCACAAGUUGUACAGGUACGGUCCAGUUGAAAAUGUUUGCCGAAAUCAAUAAUCCGCCUUUGUCUGAAAUAGUGCGAUAUUAAAAAAAAAAAAAAAAAAAAGUUGCCACCCACUUUUCCCGGUGAACGGUUUCAAUACCCACUUUUUGUUACACCCACAGGGUGUGGGUGUUAACAACACCCAAGCUUCUUCUCAGUGAAGGAUUCAACACCCACAAUUUUCAUUGCAGCCACGGGGAAUGUGGUUGUUGAAUCCUUUCGGAUGGUUUAAUUACACUUUCCUACUGAAAAGGUUCAAACCCCAGUGUUCAUCACAACUCCGCGGAGAAAAUGUGUUCCAACACUCACUUUUCCCAGGUGAAAGGUUUCAACGCUUAUUUUUUCACCUGCAUCAGAUGUUUCGACUUUUCCCGUUAUUGCACAAUAAGCAAUGUACACUAUCAAUAUCACAACCCAAGUCACACCUCAUAUCGCACCAACGGAAGUUCCACCUGGUACCGUAGAUGUUCCACUGAUCUUUAGAGCUGGUGUCACCUGUAUUAUACUUUCAGAUCCAAGUGAAGCUAUCCAAGGGUGUAUGGUUCAAAUCUUGUGUGUAUAUUAGCUGGCUGUAAAUAGUCUGAUGCAUGUUCUAUUCUCGAGGAAACAUGUAUAGCAGGCUGGUGUGUCCCCCUAUCAUCGCCCCAACCUAUUUCUUUUAUGAUUUUAUGAUUAAUGUAUUUGCUUGCCGAGCGGAGUUCUCUUGUCUGUACACGUGAGCUUUCAGAUCGCUGUGAUAUAUAAAGACAAUUUUAAAACA